CGAAACCUACAGCUUUAGAGCGUUCCGAGAAGCGCUGGAGGACUCGAUACCAUAGACUACUUCCGCCGCUGCGUGCUAAAGCUGCGCAUGCGCGUUUGGCUCUUCCCUUUUCCCUCGGGUCCUGAAGCAAGAUGGCCAAACGCACCAAGAAGGUCGGCAUUGUGGGUAAAUAUGGGACCCGUUACGGUGCUUCCUUGAGGAAGAUGGUCAAAAAAAUUGAAAUCAGCCAGCAUGCCAAAUACACCUGCUCAUUCUGUGGCAAGACCAAGAUGAAGAGAAAGGCUGUUGGAAUCUGGCACUGUGGAUCUUGCAUGAAAAUUGUAGCUGGAGGAGCCUGGACCUACAACACCACCUCCGCUGUCACAGUCAAAUCUGCUAUCAGAAGACUGAAGGAACUGAAAGACCAGUAAACACCACUUGUUCUGGAAACCAGUACUAUUCCAUCUGUUGAUCUGGACUGUUGUCAAUAAAAAAAUGUUCUUUAAAUGAA